AUGGAAUUAAAUAAAUUGUAUGAGGUUAAUCCAGAUGAUUUAGAUACCAUUUUUAGGGGCAUUCAAUAAGAGAUCGAACACAAAGAAAACGAUUUAAACACUACUAUUCCUUAACUUUAAGAAAAAUACAAGGACUAUAAACUUUAAGAUCAUGAUAAAAAGUUUUAAUUAAUUUAACCAACAGAUUGAUCCGCCGAUUCCAUAUAAGGAUUUCCUAAUUGUUUGAAAAGUGCAAGACUCCAAAUGCAAUUGACUAUAUUUCAAGUAUCAUUGACAUUUUAAAUUGUGAUGGUUAAAAUCUUAAUUUUAUUCUUAAUAAAAUUCAGAAAAGAUCUGAGGAUUUGAUGCAAUCACCUAUUGAAGAUACGAAUUCAAUCUAGGUGAAAAAAACACUACCCAAUUGGCAAUAAAAUAUUUAAGAAAAUUAGAGAGUGUUCCAAUUCUAUGAUUCCGACUUUUGGAAACUCUACGAUAUUAUGCUAUUAUAAAGGUAAUUAACCAAGUGAUAUUAGAUAGUAUUGUUUAAAUCUCAUCACGCUUCAUUAAACUAAGCAACAAAAUUUUGAAAGGCUUUAUAGUUAAAGUCUAGAAAGGAAUUAACGAUUUAAUAAGCAAAAUCUCUAACUUUCCAUUGAGAUGAAUACUCUUAUAGCCAAAGCCUAAUACUUAAAUUCUUUAAAGACUGACGAACCAAUCUAAACAAUAUACAACAAUAAAUCUAUUAUCAUGUUUGGUAAGAAAAGUCCAAAAAGAAAGCCUAAAAUGAAUAUUAAGUAUUCAUUCUCAGUAAGCCCUUAGAGAGCAUCAAGUAGAGAUCCUAAACCUUAAGGAUCUGAUAUUAAAAGGAUCUUUGAAACAGAAAAACUUCAACUUUAUGAUUAGAAUAUCUCUACAAAAAAAAAUAUGAGCAAGAGGGUUUAUCGGAAUGACGAUUAUAUUACAGCCAUCGAUACAUAGUUCUAAGAAAAAACUAAACUUAAAUUAUCUUCAGAAAUUUAUUUUCCUUAUUAAAUAAAUAAAAAGUAAACUUUAAUACUUCCGGAAAUUAAAUCACCUUAUCAAUUCGAUUAAAAUGGUAUCUGUAAGGAAAUUUAAGAUUCAUUAACCAAGACUAUAUAACUAUUUGAAAAAAAAAAAUAUUUAACUCCUGAUAAGCAUUCUUCAAAACAAUCUCCAUUGAAUUUAGAUCUAAAUGGAACUUUGUGCUAAUAAAUCUUACCCUAGUUUAAGAUUAACACUAGAGACUUACAAACAAUCCGAUCUUUGAUAGGAAAAUGAAUUAAAGGAAUGG